CACAGGUUGUGUAUAAACCAUGUGUAUCACAGAACUGCCUUUUGACCCUGCAGAAAAGUCCAAUUUCAUAGAGCACAGUGCUGGUGUAGAUCUAGACGUGAAUUUGUUCUCUCCUUCCUGCCCUGUUGGGUCUGCCUGCAAACUGCCUUUAAAUUGCAAACAAGAUAGCUUGCUAGAAUUUGGUCUGUGUUUUUUAUUGGCUGGCUUGACACUCAAAAGUAACCAGAAUUAGGCAGGUCCAACAACUGAUUUCUGCUUGCCCCAGGAUAUGGAGCAGCGCAGUGAUUUUAGCUUCUGAUCAAAGGCACGAAGUAUUAAAUGAUGGUGCAGAACAUCUGUCAUUGUGCUCAUAGUCAAAACAGUUCAGAAAGCAUCUCACGUGAGAAGUGGAAUACCCACGUGGCAGGGAACAGAGAGAACUUUGCCUGAAGCUGUGACUCAGGGGUGGAUGAGGUCAGAAGAAUGAAAUGCAUCUAUAAGAGCUCUGAAAAUGUCUGAAGCUCCCCCUCGAUGGACGGGGCAUUUUAUGGCACUGCACCAUCACCUCUCUUUUCUGUUACAACUGUGGCCUCCUCUCUCUCUCUCUUCUUUAUUUCUCACUUGUUUCUCUCUUUUCUUUCUUUUUUCUCUUUUUUUCAGAAGGGAAAUUUUUGACAUUUGUUUGUGCUAUAAAGAGAAGCUUGGUGCCUGGUUACUAGCAUUUGCAUGUAGUUACAUCAGAGAUUUCCUGUACUGCUUCGGUGCACUCCACCAGAAUCAUUCAGAAAAUGGAUGAGUAAGCAAGACCAAGGGAUGGAGAAACUGCUCCUGUAGAAGAAGAAAAGGGGCAGAGAUUCUGGGCCACUCCCAGGGAAAGAAGCUCUUUUCUCCUUCAAAAGCUCCCACUAUGAUGGAUGCCAUACUGGGUCUUGUGAACAGCAGAGGUGUAGUUUGCAGCUAGCUGUUAUGACCCACAGUUCUCAUACAUUUCACUUCUGCAAUCAGCUCCAGCCUUCAAAAGAACAGUCUUAGAAAAGCAGUUUUGAGCAGGUGGGAGUGAUGUGGUUAGGGCUUGUCUGGUAGUAUUUAUAGGGCCAAAUAGGAAGUGGCUGUUUUGACUUAUGCUCCUACACUGUGCUUGCCAAAAUGAAUAGUGGGUUAUGCUAAAAAGAAAUCAUGUCCCGUGGAUCCAGAUGAAGAUUGCAUGAGAUGUGGACCUGAGCAAUACCUGAACGAAUCCCCAAAGCCACGAUGUGAUGCUUGUGUCUUAUGCACCAAAGAAUUUGACCUUGUGGAGAAAGCUCCCUGCUCCUUCAAUUCCAGCCGGGUGUGUGAGUGCCGACCAGGGAUGUUUUGCCAGACUGCUGCUAAGUACACCUGCAUGAGAUGCCAGCAGCACACUGCUUGCAAGCCUGGUUUUGGAGUCAAGAUCAGAGGCACCUCAAAGACUGAUGUUUCAUGUGAAGAAUGCCCUCCUGGGACCUUCUCUGACCAAAGCUCCAGCACUGACGUCUGCAGACCCCACACGGACUGUGCCAAGUUGAACAAAGUAGCGCAAGGCAAAGGAAAUGCCACCCAUGAUCAGGUCUGCGUGGACCGAUUGCCCUCCUCCCUCACCCCAGACACUUCCUCCAUCAGAACCAGCAACGAAACAAAUGACUCUGACGUACUGAAGCUUCCGGCAAACCUGGUGACCCUUGUUAGUGUCCUUUCAAGUGCCACAACCAAAAUUCCCAGUUCAACUCCCAAGGAGAAAGCUGGCACUUCUCCCACCUCAGACAAGGGAGAGACAACAACAAGAGGUCUUGUUUUCUGGGGAGUGGUUCUCUCUGUGAUGGUGCUGCCUGUGGGCAUGCUGUCAUUUUGGCAAUGGAAGGCCUGCAAGAAACGGAUCCUCAUCCUCAAAAAAAAACGUUCUGAUCUAGUGGACAAAUAUGCAAAGAUCACACUGACCACUGACAAAUGUCCAGAAGAGGAGGAGUUCACUGAUAGAACCCUCCCUUUGGAAACCAACAACAACUUGAUCUCCAGUGCUGAAAAAGCAGGCAAUCCUGUUCUGAGUCUGACUGAAGUGACGCAGAGCAAUGGAAAAGCCCCAGACUGCCCCAUUGAUUCUCGAGUGAGAGACCACACAAAUAAUCAAAUUGGAAAAAUAUUCAUCAUGAACGCCGAUACUGUUAUUGUGGGGUCUUCAAAAACGCCUGGUAUCAAAAACUGUACUGCUAGGGGAUGUGAAAGUGAUGUUGAUAUCCAGGAAAAGAUAGAAGAGGAGCUGCCAGUGCACUAUCCAGAGCAGGAGACAGAGGUCUUUCCAGGGAACGAUGUCAUGAUUCCUGUGGAAGAGGAAGGAAAGGAAUUCCAUCACCCCACCACAGCCACUGAAAAGUGAUGGCCAGCUGAGAAGGUGUGUGAAGCUAUGAAAGCAUCCAGUGUGACACUAAGCCUGAACCUACACUGAGGGAGGUGAACCCAGAGUUUCUUACACAACCUGAAAACUAAAGCGCCAAAAACAUUCAACUUAUUUCAUCCAACCAACGAGAGGAUCAUCCAAACCACUGGUUGACAUCAAAUACUUCCUCUUUUCCUUGCUCUCCCCAGUAUCACGCUGGAAACAAACUGGAAUCAAAGUUACAGAAUUCAGAGGACGUGUGGAUGCGAACUCCAGUUUCACAGUUUGCUUUCUGUGCAUGAAGGGAUGGAAUUAAAACGGUUAUUCCUAUUAGCUCUGAAAACUCUGGAUGGAAUUCUGUGUUAACCUUGAGACCCAGCCAUGUUUCACAUUUGUUCUCCAUUGUACUUUAGGCCAAUCCUUCUAUUUGUUUUU